GCUGGGGUUCGACAAUCUACUGCUGCUGAGGACUGGAGUCAAAUUCCUCAACACGUAGGAGCUCCUCACGUUGCUCCAGCAUGACGCGUGACGCAGGGGCGCAGCAACUAACGGAUUACUGAUCAAUCAUCUAUACGCCAAGAAAUCGCCUUGUUUCGUUCUACUAGGACCGUGACUCCACGCAGUGAGAUAUAUAUAUUUCUUUUUUUCUUUUAAAAAACGUGUCAUGAGGAGCUUUUAUCCAUCUGGACCGUGUGUUCACGCGCAACUGGACCCAUUUUGCCGCAGAGAAGAAAACGAGAAAUGUUUGCUGGACUGAUGGGACUCGAAUGCCACAACAACUCACUGCGUAACCGCUGCGAAGUCACUGAAGGUGGCAGAGCAUCAGGGACAGCUGGCAGCUCUGGCCGUAAGAGGUUCCACCGAAGACCAGGGUACAUGAGAGGAGAACAUUCCAGACUACCCAGACUACAAUGCUCUGCUCAUGGUCAGAGGGAGGAGGAGGAGGAAGAGGAGGAGGAGGAGGAGGACAAGGACAAGGAAAAGAGCACCACUUUGAUUAGGAACGGAAAAUCUGGACGUCGAGCUGGCCUCCCUGACCAAGGCAGCGCUCAGAGGCUUAGUCUAACUCCUGCUGUGGAAGUGUCCUUAAUGAAUCAGCCAACAUGGAGCUCCUUGAGGAGUAGAAGCUCCCCCUGCUCUGUGACCCAUCCUCACACAUCCAGCCACGCAGCUGAGUCCACACAGUCACAGAGCAAACUCAGGCUGAGCUGCGGCCCGGCGCCCGAGUCUUCACAAGAGGACACGUUCAACUCCAGUUUCAGUUUCAUCCAGCAGUCCCUCAGCUCCAGCCAGCGGACGAGCACAACCACUACACCAGUACACAAACCAAAGCCACUAAAUCAGUCACCUAAAGCCCCAAACCUGCCAGAAACAAAAUCAGACACUUUCUCCACUGAGCACAUUUCGUCCAAGAACACAUCUCCUCCCAAGCCACUGCUCCUGUCCACUCCGGGCGGCCCGGUCGAGAGAGAGGAGCAGUCAGCGGAAGGAAGGUUUUGGCGGGAAUGUCUGUGGGUUUGUAAAGACGAGGCGUCCCGGAGUCUCGACAUCGAGGCCACCUCCUCUCUGUCGGUGGACUCGGACACGGCGUCCGCUUCCUCUGUUACGUCCGGCUACGAGAGCGCCACACCUGCCUCGGAGCAAGGCUGGGACAACCUUGUGAAGAAGUACGAGGGCGUGCUUCAAGACUGCCUCCAAAACAACCGCACUCACACUAAGAUUGAGUCCAUGAUGUUGAAACUGCAGAGGCUCCAGCAGAAAGCCAUUCUGGAUGACGACUAUGAUGCAGCGGAGCGUUUUGGGAAAAAGCUGGAGGAGCUCUGCAGAGAGCGAGACGCUCUAAAGCUGGGGUUACCUUCCAGACAACCCAGCGUGGCUUUGUUCCUGGAAAGGCUCAGACAGGUGGUGCACAGCGCCCUCCAGAGGACAGACCGCAGUCAGCCCAGAGAGGGUGCAGAGCCAGACACAGAGGAGCGGGCCGACUCUACACAGGGUCCACUACAAAGAAGAAACCGUCUGAUUGAAGAGAAACGGAAGGUUGAGAGGGAAAUCGCAGAGCUUCAGCAAAGACUGGCAGAGCUGAAGGACUGCAGUCGAUGCCUGGAGCACCAGAUCCAGCAGGAGGAGCAGCAGGUGGAGGCUGAGGAGCUGGAGGGCUCUGUGCUGAGGACCAGUUCCUUGGCCCAGCUCCGAGACAUGAGCCGAACCCUGCAGGACCUCAUCACCUCUGAAAACCGCACACAGAUCUCCGUCUCCCCUCGACCCUCCAUGCUCAGACUUCAGGAACAAGAACAAGCACUGAAUCUGUCCAUCAAGGAAGCCACAGCUAAAGUGGUCAUGAGUCAGAGACUGGGCAGCAGCCUGAGGAGGAAAGUCAGUGAGACUGAAACGCAGCUUUUGGCGCUCCAUGAAGCCAAACUGGCGGCCAUUUCUGGUAAUGACUUCAGCAGCGCCAAGGAGCUGAAAGCGGAGAUGAAGGCGGUGUACCUGGAGCGGGACAGACUGGAGGCUCUAGCCAAGAGACUUCACAGCCUCAGCACAGGGAGCAGCCAGGAGCUGGCCAGGAUGAAGGAGCAGCGGCAGCAGCUCAGACGGGAGCUGGAGCAGCGGGAGGCUCAGCACGAGAGCCGGCUGAAGGAGAACACUACCAAGUACAUGGAGCUGUUGGAGGACAGGUUGCACAGCUGUGGCUGUCAAGGCUUGGAGCGGAUCUGGGAAGCCGACCUGGAGGCCUGUCACCUGUUCCUGCGCGGCCUCCAGUUAAGAACUCCCAGCUGUGGCGGGGCGGACGUGGAGGACCUGCCCUCUGCGGCAGCUCAUCCUCCCAUUCAGACAUGCACCAAAGAAGAGGAAGACUGCGCCAUGCUCACUGCGUUAGGAGGGCGCUGGUGUCCUGAGGCCAAUUUACAGAACUCAGAGUUCACUAAGAAGCUGGAGGAGUUUUUGUUCUGCAUGGAAGAAAAUCACCCCGAGUCUUUAGAAAAAGAAGUUCAGGAAGUAAAGUCCACAUUACAAACCAUGCUUGCACAGCUCCAGAUGCAAGAAGGAGAAGAGGAAGAACAAGAAGAGGAAGAAGAAGGAGAAGAAGAGGAAGGAGAAGAAGGAGAAGACGUAGAAGAGGAAGUGAAUGAGUUGAACGACUCAAUACAAAAUGGGACUGAGGAGGUGGAAGAGGACGAGGAGGAGGAAGAGGAGGAAGAGGAGGACCAGUACUUCAGCGACAGCUGGGACAUUUGAAAUAGAUGCCUGUCUUGUUCUGAGAGCUCUCACAGAUGUGGCUCUGUGCGAGCUUGACCUCGACGUUGCAGUAAAAGUGACCUCAUAUCCAUUUACUGUAUAGCCUCACUCAAAACUUUUCAACACCAGCCGCUAUGGUAUUAUAUUCCACAGGGUUUCCACUGUAAAGCCUUAGAAAAUAUUUGUGACAUUUCAUCCUUCUACCAAAAAGAAAAAACACAAAAAACAGGAAUGAUUGAAUUAUGAAUGCAAUAUGAGACAUCAGUUAAUAGAGGGUUCUCCAUUCUUACCAGGUGACGAGUUCUUUUGGUUAACGAUGGCUUUAAUGCCGUGUCUUGCUGAGCAAUUAUGGGAUCCUUCUUUUAUCAGUUUCUAUUUGAUAAUCCUGGGCAAUUGUAUUGCCAUUUGCAAACCAGCUUUUUGGACAUAUGUAACAACAAAAAUCAGGUAUGAAGCAAGAUUUAUUUUGUUCAACGACUUUGAGAGGGGAUUAAUGAACUCUACAAUCUACACAUUUUGUAUAUUAACUUAAAACGUAUGCUUAAGUUUUAUGUCUCGAUUGUGCAACUCCAUUUAAUUCUUGUCAUUUUUCUUAUGAAAUAACUAACUUGAGGUGCUUCAAAAUGUGAGCUAACUUAAAGAUUUUUCCCUUUCUUUGAACAUGUCUUAUUUAAUAUUGUCUUUACUCUUUUAAAGCAGUGUAACAUUCAUGUGUCACAAAAUUUUAAUUGUGAAUACUAUAGCAUAAACUAUCAGUGGGCACAUAAAGUACAGUAUUUCUAGCUUUUGUUUUCUUUGUACUUUCUUCGCUGUUGUAUGUCCACAGCUUGCCACUGAUCAAAUUUAAAUAUUUUAUUUCAGAAUGUACUUUUCUGGGUCUCAUCUGACCAGAGAUAUAUUUGGAUUUUUUACAUGUUUCUCUAUUUACUGUGCAGCUUGAACUUUCUACACCAUCUUUCAUAUUUAUUGCAACCAGCAUCUCACUAAUUACAGCGUGUAAUGUUCAGCCUAAUGUUUGUCCUGCUGUUUUCUUCUUGUAUUGAGUUACUGCCCCUGUGGAGAUUUUCCUCAGAAUAAGUGCGGGCAGUCUGCCAGGCAGGGGAGGGCAGUGGUGACAUGUAGGAAAUAUCAAUACGGUAAUAAAGGUCCUUUAGUUAGGUCUUUAGGGUAUACAUUUCUUUUCUAUUGUUAUGUUCAGCAGUAGCAGUGUGGCUAAUUGGGCAGCAUCACUGAGGACAUGAUGGGGUAAAAUGGAACAGCCUUUCUACUCCAGUUUAUCCUGCUCUGUGUUUUUUCUGGGCUGUAAACAGUUUUUUUUCCUCUACCAGCACAGUAAGCCUUUGUCACAUUACUCCCAGGUUGCAAAGACUUGUGGGGCCAGAAGUCUCUACAUCUAUCAGCUUCAGGCAGAGGAUAGACAGAGGGUGCCACAAACACAUCUUCCUGCCAAACACCUCCCCCCACAUCAUGAUUUACAUAAUUGACUUGCACCAUACUGUGCUCUGCGUGGCAGCUCUGCUCAUAAGAUGACCACAAAGAAAACGCAGAUGGUUUUCAGCAGUCACAUAUAGCAGGCCGAGAUGUGUCUUAAUGUAAGAUGAAGCACCACGUGGUUUGAGAUCCUGUAUCACUGCUAUGAUGCCAUAGACUGUUUUCCCAGUUACAUGACAUAGAAGAACAGCUUCUGUCAAUGUUUUUAUGCAUCAGAACUUAAUUUUUUUUCAAAUGUCAUAAAUCAUCCAAAUCUAACCAGACUUUAUAAUCAGGUUCUUUGCAACCAAAGAUAAACAACAAAAUGAAUUAAAUAUUACCAUGUCAUUAUUCAUGAAACAGAAAUUUUGCUAAAAUACAGAGAAAGUGUUGUGAAAAACUAAUUCUGACCUCUCAGUUUCUGAUGGAAUUAAGAAAGUAAGUAGCAGCCAAGUAGAGCAGAUAAAAUGCACUGGAUAAUAUGAUCAUCAGCAAGUGGGAACACCCCUAUAAAAGAUGAAGUCUUGAA